GGGUUGAGUGGGAGCCAGUGGCAGUGUAGUGCAGGGAAAGCGGAAGGAAGAUGGCGGUGCUGGCUUCGGAGCUGCUGCUGAGCGACUCGAGCCGCUUCCGCGCUGAUAACCUGCUCAGCAGCGAGGACUGGGAUGCAGGCCUCUACAGCUGCUUGGAUGAUGAUAGAGAUGUGGCAGCUGAACUCUUUCCCUGCCUUGAACGCAGCAUUGUGGAUGGUAGCUGUGUCCAUUCUAUGCUCGGUGAUGGUUUUGACCUGGACAUGGAAACAAUGCCCCCAGACCCACCUUGGGACCCACUGCAAGAUUCUCUUUUCCCAGAGCUGCAGGUGAAGUCUGAGCCUGUCUCUCCUGCCUCGUCUCAUUGCUCCGAUUUGUCUGCCUCAUCCUCUGAUUCAUCUGCAGCAUCUUCUUCCUCCCACUCCACUGAUCUACCAGGGCAGGCCCCCAGCCCAGUGGAAGUGAUCGGCGUGAAAACGGAGCACCCUCCCACACCGCCAUGCAUGUUUGGAGAUGUCCUCUCGCCUCCCUUUGGUGCUGUGCACAUCAGCGUAGUCCCAGCUCCUGAGCCAGGGAAGCCAGCAACUUCCAACAAAGCCGAGAGCAUUCUUAGCCGGAAGCCCCCUAUUCAGCCAAAGCCAGUUGUUGUAACUACUGUCCCAGUGCAGCCAGCGCCCACGUCGAGUAAGACCAUCUUAUUGCAGCCUGUACCUGUAACUCAGUCACAGACGAUCAACCCAGGAAUUUCAGCACAGAGUGUUGUGAUUUCUCAGUCUGACCUCCUGCAUCUUCCAGUGUCGGGACUGAUUAAGGUUCAGUCUCCUGUGAAAGAAAGUCUUCCAGCAAAACCGGCUCCCUCCGCUCCUAAACCAGAAGCCAAAACCAUUGUCCCCGCACCAACACAAAUAGGGCCCUGCAGCCAAGAGAUAGAUCUCAAGGUGCUAAAAAGGCAACAACGGAUGAUUAAGAACCGCGAGUCGGCCUGCCAGUCACGGCGGAAAAAAAAAGAAUACCUGCAAGGGUUGGAGUCCCGGCUGAGGGAGGCUCUGGCAGAGAACGAGCGACUCCGACGGGAGAACACAGUGCUCCGCCGCCGCCUGGACUGUGUCCUGAAUGAGAACAGCGAGCUGAAGUUUGGCUCCGGGAACAGGAAAGUCAUCUGCGUCAUGGUUGUGCUGCUCUUCAUAGCCUUCAAUUUUGGGCCUGUCAGCAUCAGUGAGCGCAAGGCAGCAGAGGUGGACCUAUCAAAACUGGAUGUGGACUCCGGCCCAGCCCAGAGGCACCUUCUAAGCAUUCCAGAGGAAUCUCACGACAUUCCAGAGGAGCAGCAGGAGGAACGGCAGGAGGAGGCCCUGACCAGGCCAGGAAGGGCACAAUUCCGGAACCUGUCGGCUCCCUUCUCUGAGACGAAGGACCUCAUGCUGAGGGACUUGGACAAGCUCUUCCUGGCCUCGGGUUGCCGUCAGUUCAACCGCACUGAAUCUCUCCGGCUGGCAGACGAGCUCAGUGGCUGGGUCCGGCGACACCAGACCAACCGGAAGAAGCCCCCUCAGUCGCACAAGGCAGCCCAGGCCAGUCAGGACAAACCACAACGAAAUCCUCCAAGCCCCGCCCACUAUGUGCCUGCCAGCCAUCCCAGGCGUACAGAGAGGGAUUCUCUGAGUCAGCUGCAGGUGUAUCAGCACCCGGACCAUAAAGAGCAUGACUUCAUGGAUGCCAUUGACCGGAGAGAGGAUACCUUCUAUGUGGUGUCCUUCCGCAGGGAUCACCUGCUCCUGCCCGCCAUCAGCCACAACAAAACCUCUCGCCCUAAAAUGUCACUGGUGAUGCCAGCCAUGGCCCUCAACGAAAGCCUGUACAAUUCCUCCCUCGGCUACGAGGUGAUGAUGCAGAUAGACUGUGAAGUCAUGGACACCCGCGUCAUCCACAUCAAGAGCUCGACUGUGCCCCCCUUCCUGAGGCGCCAGAAUGCCGCCCCGGACAACCGCACCCAGCCUUCCCCGCAGGCCUUCUCUGGGAAAGCAGCCCGCGCAGCUCUGCGGUCCCACCGGCCCUCCUUGUCCUCAGCCAAGCAGCACCCGCCUCGCACCCUGUACCUUGGCGAGCACGGAGGGGGGUAGCCUGACUCUCUGGGAGGGUAGAGAGAGCUCCCCCUGUGCCGGGAUGGUACGUGGUCUUGGGAACAGCGCUUCUCCGCCAGGAGGAGGACGCACCCUUCAGUGGAACCUGCCUGUGUGAGGAACGGACAUACCACUUCUGCUCGCUGGCCUCUGUUGGAUGGGAUGGCUGGGCCCUCUCCUCAGAGGUGCUUCCCGCCCCCCAGCACCUCUUUCUUGGGAAGCUCCUCGUCUCUCCUCACUGCUGCCAACACGGGGAUCGCUGUCUGCAGCCGAGGGGGCCGUGUCGUCUGCCUUGCCUCAGCACUGUCCCAAAGAGAUUUUGGCCUGUCCCUCCUGUCCCCUUAUGGCUGAGACAAAGCAUUUGAGUAACGGGGGAGAGGGAGGGAGAGUGUCUUAAACUGCUGUCUGCCAUGUCGUGUGUGUGUGUGUGUGUGUGUGUGUGUGUGUGUGUGUGUGUGUGUGAGAGAGAGAGAGAGAGAGAGAGCGCGCGAGCGCGCGCACGCGCACGCGCAAGGGAAAAGGUGAUCUCUUUUCUACAGAGGGGAAUGAGUGUGUGUGGGUGUGUGUACAAGAAAGUGCGAGAGAGAGAGAGAGAGAGAGAGAGAGAGAACACGAGCAUGUCUGCAUACGUGUCUCUCCUUCCAAAACUUGAUGGCACUUAGACCUGGUCUUUUGGGUCCUUGUGUGUUUUCCCUUACAUUGUCUUUUUAAAAAAAAUAAAUAAUAGCUACAAAUAAAUGUAAAGUGUGACCCUG